GGCGGGGCCAGGGCCCCCGGAGCGGCUCAUUGUCGCUCCAGCUCCUCCACACACAAGGGUGUUAGUGGCUCAGCAGCUCUAAUCUCCAGAAGCUUUGCUGCCACCCCUUCUCCCUCUCUGUAGACAACAAGCUGGACCCACCUCACCAGCUCUGAACAGACACUCCAGCUCAACAACUCGAUCCAUCGUUGAAGACAGCUCUUCAACUCAGGUGAGCCGUCCCCUCCCCGGCGUCCCAGCAGGCAGGCAUGGCAGACGGCAGGCAGCCAGAUGAGCACUGGACCUCAAACGGCCAGGAGAACGGCGAGAACGGCUACUCCGCCUACAGCUCUGCCUACAGGGAGAACGGGUACCACGGUGCGGCAGCUGCACACCCAGGAACGACAGUGGAUGACUCAGCCAAUUUGCCUCCCUCCCCUCCCCCUUCUCCAUCCGCUGAGCAGAUUGGGCCCGUGGCACAAGAGGAUAAAGUAGAGGUUGACAGUCAACCGCAGGAUAAGGAGGCGGCUCCAGAGGAGCCCAGGAGUUACCAGGAGGAAGUGGCACAUGAGCAGCCAGGACACACGCUCUUAGAACAGACACAUUACUUAGCAGAGCCCCAGGCUUUGGGCUUCCAGCAAGUCCAGACACCUGAGGCCGUCAAUGGAGGAAGUCAUCAAAGUGAACACAGUCCGUCACAAAAAGGUGUGGAGCACCACCAGCCCCUCAGCGUGGCCCAGUCCAGGGAGAGACCCACUUCUCGACAAAGAAAGCCUAGCCCCACGAUGGGCAUUCUGUUAAAGAAGGCGGUGCAGCGCAGCGGGGGGUCCCACCACCACGGCCCCCGGCCCGGCUCUGCCUGCAGCCUUAAACGGAGCCCCCUGGUGGAGGCGGAGCUGUGGCCGGCCCGGCCCUCCUCCGCAUGCUCCCGCCCGCCCCCGCUGCCUUGCAAAUGGGCAGGGAAGGAGAGGUCUUACCGCAGCCCGGAGAAGAGAUCCUCCCUCCCCAGGCCGGCCAAGUCUCUGACUCGCCACAUCCCUGCGGCCGAGCAGGAAGACAACAGCACCCCCUCCAGGCCGACCUCGUUCCGUACAGACUCCAGAGGGGACGGCAGGUCUGGAAGAGCCGCUAGUAUGGCAGGCACAGACACGGCCCGGUCCCGGUCGGUGCGCAGCGGCGCCUCCACCCCGGGCUCCUCGGCCGUCACGCCCGGCACCCCGCCCAGCUACUCCUGCCGCACCCCGGGCUCCCGCACGCCCGGCAGCCACACGCCCAAGUCCUUCAGCGUCCUCCAGGAGAAGAAGGUGGCCGUGAUCCGAACCCCGCCCAAGUCGCCUUCCUCCGUGCAGAGGCAGCUGAAGGUCCUGAACCAGCCCCUGCCCGACCUGAAGAAUGUAAAGUCCAAGAUCGGGUCCACCUCCAACCUGAAACACCAGCCUAAAGGCGGACAGGUUCAUAUUUCACACGAGAAGCUGGACUUCAGUCAUGUUCAGUCAAAGUGCGGCUCCAAGGAUAAUCUGAAGCACGCGGCCAGAGGAGGCAAUGUCAUGAUUCCAAGUGUUAAGCUGGACUUUAGCCACGUUCAGUCCAAAUGUGGCUCCCUGGACAAAGUCCACUACACGGCCAGCGGUGGACACGUUCAAAUCCAGAGCAAGAAGAUUGACCUAAGCCACAUCACCGCCAAGUGUGGCUCCAUGUCCAACAUCCACCACAGACCAGGAGGAGGACACGUGCGCAUUGAGAAUGUGAAGCUGGAUUUCAAAGACAAAGCUCAAGCCAAGGUGGGCUCCCUGGAUAACACCUGCCACAUGCCCGGAGGGGGGAACAUCAUGAUCGAGAGCCACAAGCUGAGCUUCCGCGAGGGCGCUAAAGCUCGCGUGGACCACGGCGCGGAGAUCGUGGUGACCCACUCCCCUGGGGUGGAGAUGGGCGGCACCUCCCCCCGCCAGUCCUCGGCCGGCAGCAUCAACAUGAUGGAGUCGCCCCAGCUGUCCACGCUGGCGCAGGACGUCACGGCCGCGCUGGCCAAGCAGGGCUUAUGAGCGCCCGGGGAAAUGCACCGUAACCCCCUUCCCUUCGCUGUCACUCUCUCAAAACCAUCUUGUGUCCCCAUGGUCCUCCACGGCAACGUGACCCCGUCCCCCAACGUGACCCCCGACCUCCACCCCCUGCAGGUUCUACGGUUGACAUCGGCUGACUUCCUUCAGCCAGCCCUUCCAGUCCAAUUUUAAAAACUGAAUUGUGCACAAAAAUCUUCACUCUUCAAAAAAGGGAAACCCUCUUAUUCUUGUUUUUUUUCCUUCAUUCACUGAAAUAAGGACUUUUCUGCUUUGUUAAGGAAAAACAAAAAAAGAAAAAAGGCUUAAAGCUUGUCUAAGAAGGCGGUUUUUAACGAUUGUACGAUGAUUUUCGUGUCUUGUGCGUGAAAAGGCAUCAGCGCACUCCACUUGAAUGGGGACACACUGAAUUGCGUCCGUGCGGGAGUUCUACGGUACCGGUUUGCUCCGAGAAAAUUAAUGCUUGUCUUAAAGUGUGCGAGAGACUUCGUGUAACUGACCUGCUAAAGAAUGGCUGAGGAAACGGGCGUGAUUGCGAAAAAAUGUGUCAUUUUGAACAUAAAAUCCUCUUUGUUUCAAAUAUUGGAUUUGUAAUGUUCUUGAAUUGUGUUUGUUCUCUUGUUUUCUUUUUAUAUAUAAAUGUCACUGUAGUGUUACGGUUUUGUACGUUUCCCUGUGGCUGUUCUGGCCCGUUAGCAUUUAAAUGUGGACAACCAUUGCUGUUGUGUAAGCGCGAAACGGCUAGCUUUCCAAUAGAUUUUUUUUUUAUUUUCUAUUUUAAUCUUCACAGCAAAUGAACGGCUGUCUGUUUUCUGUUCGACUUAACUAGCGCUGUAAUUUUACAAGGCUACGCAAUGCUAUAAUGCUGGCAUGGCAAAUACGUGACGAAAUAACGUAGAUUUAUCCGCAGCUUUCCGAAGCUCUUUAUUAGCGCAAGUAUCGGAUCCCGCGACGUCUCCUAAUUUUUAUUUUUUAUUUUCAUUUUUGCAAAGCCUUCGUUGUACGGUGUAUUUGAACGAGUAAAAGGCCCUAAGUUUGUGAGGAUGUAACUGUAAAGUAUGAAGCUUUAUACAAAAACAUUCCAGUUGAAAGAGUGGCGAGAGCGCGAUAGAGUGGGCGUUCCCCACAAGCGUUUCCUGUUAGGAAGGAUGAAAGCAAAACUCUUCUGUUAGGAAGGAUGAAAGCAAAACUCUUCUAGCAUAAUCUCUGCAGAACCUUUGUGAAAGCCCCGUCUGCUACUCCUCCAGUGUUUUUUCUGUGCUUCCUCUCCUCCAGCCCCCGUUUCUUGCCUGUGUAAGUGUAUUUAAAAGACAAUGUAGAUGUGUGUGCACACUUUUCCCAUGUUUGAGAUGUACUGGUGACAAACGCUCCUACAGGACGACGACAACAUAAAUAAAGAGAAUUAAAAAAGG